AUGGUCCUCCGCCCACCCCCGUCCCCCUUGUCCUCUGCAGCCUGCGGGCAGCCUCGUGUGUCCAGUCGGAUCGUAGGGGGCCAGGACGCCCGGGCCGGAGAGUGGCCGUGGCAGGCGAGCAUCCAGCACCGCGGGGCGCACGUGUGUGGGGGCUCGCUCGUCGCCCCGCAGUGGGUCCUGACCGCGGCGCACUGCGUCCAGAGGCGGGCGCCAGUGUCUGGGUACCGCGUGCGCCUCGGGGCGCUUCGUCUGGGUCAGGCCGCGCCCCGCGCGCUCUCGGUGCCCGUGCAGAGGAUGCUGCUGCACCCCGACUACGCUGAGGACGGGGCCCGCGGUGACUUGGCAUUGCUCCAGCUGCGCCGCCCAGUGCACCUGAGCUCCCGAGUCCAGCCCGUGUGCCUGCCGGAACCAGGGGCCUGGCCGCCACCCGGUACUCCGUGCUGGGUCACUGGCUGGGGCAGCCUCUUCCCAGGAGUGUCACUUCCAGAGUGGCGACCUCUUCAGGGAGUAAGAGUGCCGUUGCUGGAUGCGGGCACUUGCGACCACCUCUACCAUGUGGGCACCAACGUGCCCCGCGCUGAGCAGAUAGUGUUACCAGGGAACCUGUGCGCUGGCUACGUCCAGGGCCACAAGGAUGCCUGCCAGGGUGAUUCUGGGGGACCCCUGACCUGCUUGAAGUCUGGGCGCUGGGUCCUGGCGGGCGUGGUGAGCUGGGGCAAGGGCUGUGCUCUGCCCUACCGUCCAGGUGUCUAUACCAAUGUCGCCAUGUACAGCCGUUGGAUUCAGGCUUGCCUCGACCGCUGA